AUGGUGGAGGAGGAGACUUCUUUGGAGGGGGUGGAGAUGUGUAGUGGUAUGGUGGAGGGGGAGAUUUCUUUGGAGGAGGAGGAGAUGAGUAGUGGUAUGGAGGUGGUGGAGACUCGUUUGGAGGAGGUGGAGAUGAGUAGUGGUAUGGAGGUGGUGGAGACUCCUUUGGAGGAGGUGGUGACUUGUGAUGGUGCGGUGGAUGCAAUAAAUGCUUCGGUGGAGGUGGGGACUCAUGCUUGUGAUGCGGGUAUGUCGAAAAAUGUUUAUGGUGGUGAGGUGGUGGCGGAGAAGCAUAGCUAUAAGGCUUGUCAGCAACCACACUUGUGGCUACAAUGCAAAAUGCUAUAG